CAAGGAGCUGCUCAGGAAAGUAGUCCCGGUUUAGGUGAGCCUAAUAAAAACUGUCGCCCCAGCUGGACCAGUGGCGCCUUCGUCCCUGCAAAGUUUACCCAGUAGGACAUUUCCCGCAGACACGAAUCCAGUCAUGUCGAAGUCAAAGGAUAUGGGGUCUUCCAUCAUCCACACCCAGCAGCUGCAUGCUGCCAUGGCAGACACUUUCAUUGAGCACAUGUGCCUGCUGGACAUCGACUCUGAACCUGCCGUGUCUCGUAACACUGGCAUCGUCUGCACAAUCGGACCUGCCUCCAGAUCUGUGGACAUGGCCAAGGAAAUGAUCAAGGCUGGGAUGAACAUUGCAAGAAUGAACUUCUCUCAUGGCACACACGAAUAUCAUGCCGAGACCAUCAAGAAUGUCCGUGAUGCAACUGAGAGCUUUGGACCUGGAUCUGCUGAAUACAGACCAGUGGCCAUUGCUCUGGACACCAAGGGACCAGAAAUCAGAACCGGACUUAUCAAGGGCAGUGGCACUGCUGAGGUUGAGCUCAGGAAGGGUGAAACCAUCAAGCUCACACUUGAUGAUCAGUACAUGGAUAGAUGUGAUGAGAAAGUUCUGUGGCUCGACUACAAGAACAUCACCAAGGUUGUUCAGGCCGGAAGCCACAUCUACAUUGACGAUGGUCUGGUUUCCCUCAAGGUUAAAGAUAUCGGCAACGACUACCUGAUGUGUGAAAUUGAGAAUGGCGGUAUGCUGGGCAGCAAGAAGGGUGUCAACCUGCCCGGAGCUGCUGUCGACCUUCCUGCUUUGUCUGAGAAGGACCUUAAGGACCUGCAGUUUGGUGUGGAGCAGGGUGUUGACAUGGUUUUCGCCUCCUUCAUCCGUAAGGCUGCUGAUGUUCAAGCCGUCAGGAAAGCUCUGGGUGAGAAGGGCAAGGACAUCAAGAUCAUCAGCAAGCUGGAGAACCACGAGGGUGUGCGCAAAUUCGAUGAGAUCCUGGAGGCUAGUGAUGGCAUCAUGGUUGCCCGUGGUGACCUGGGCAUUGAAAUCCCAACAGAGAAGGUCUUCAUCGCCCAGAAGAUGAUGACUGGCAGGUGCAACAGGAUCGGCAAGCCCAUCAUCUGUGCCACACAGAUGCUGGAGAGCAUGACCAAGAAACCUCGCCCUACUCGCGCUGAGGCCAACGAUGUUGCCAACGCCGUGCUGGAUGGCAACGACUGCAUCAUGCUGAGCGGUGAGACCGCCAAGGGAGACUACCCCCUGGAGGCUGUACGCACACAGCACAUGAUUGCCCGUGAAGCCGAGGCAGCCAUGUUCCACAGGCAGAUGUUCGAGGAGCUUCGUCGCACCUCUCAUCUGACCCGUGACCCCACGGAGACAGUCGCCAUUGGUGCCGUCGAGGCCUCCUUCAAGUGCUGCGCCAGCGGCAUCAUCGUGCUCACCAAGUCUGGCAGGUCUGCUCACAUGCUGUCGAGGUACAGGCCCCGUGCCCCCAUCAUUGCGGUGACCCGCUGUGGCCAGACCGCCCGUCAGGCUCACCUGUACCGUGGUGUCUACCCUGUGCUGUACACCAAGCCCGCCAACGAUGUCUGGGCCGAGGACGUUGACCUGCGUGUGAACUUUGCCCUGGAAGUUGGCAAGCACCGCAAAUUCUUCAAGUCUGGUGAUGUGGCCAUUGUUGUCACUGGCUGGCGCCCCGGUUCCGGUUACACCAACACUAUGAGAGUUGUGCUGGUACCUUGAACUUCAUCAAAGGACAUUAGUAACCGCUCCUCCUCCCCUCUCCUGUAACCCGUUUCCACCCCCCGUUACGGACUUUUCUGUCCUCAUAACUGACAGAAACUUAAAAAACCGGGCCGCUCCUUCAAAGGACUUUUGAUGGUGUCGUUAACCUUCUGAUUCCUGUCAUCUAUAUGUGUAAUAUAUUGUCUGAAUCCUGCUGCCAAAGACUCAACUCAAAAUCUUUUAGUGGAAACAGAGUGGAAAUGUGUUUAUCUGCAAGCACUGUAAUCUUAACUAUGCACACGUUAUUUCUAUGGUUUUUGGUUUAAACACAAACAUGCACUGUUACUGUCUUCUCCACGGUUUCAUGCUGAACUAACAGUUGGUAAUCGGAUAUGACUGCAUUUCCAUCCAUUAAAAGGAAUUCCUGGGUCAA